AUGAAGGAGAGGCGGUGCUUGUGCCGAUGGGCCUGUCAUUCAGACGCUCGCUGCGUCCUGAGAUCGUUGGAGUUGUUGCGCUUCUAUUGUGGAAGCCGCGUCUCUUUGGGAAAUAACGCGUUUUGACACAAGGAAUCGACACGUUUAUUUUCGACGAUAAUGGGAUUGUCGCCCCUUUCCCGGCAAGAGCAUCAGAGGGAUCCCACCUGGCUUUGUUAAGCCUACAUGUUAAAUGACCGUAUCCCCUGCUUGCCCUCCCGUGGAGUGAGCAGUUGUCCUUGACAGUGAAGCUGAGAUAAAGAGAUCUAUUCUCCUCCUAUGGAUUACAGACCCAUAGGUCUUAACACCCUGACGUGGGUCAGUCAUUAUUCACAUCCUUCUUCCUUUACCGUCAAGCCCCUUAGCUGUUCUGUAACAUGCUGGAGUUGAAAUUUCUGGUCAGGAUGAAUUAUCGUUAGAUAUGAACAUCCCUAACUUUAGAGAUAUAGCUGAUGAGGCCGUAGAAGCUUAGAGAUGCAGACUGAUGAUUUAUUUGCCAAAAAGCUUCAAGCUUUAAAUGGGAAUAUGGGACCUCCCAGCACAAACACACAAGGAACACCAGCAGUGCCCAAGAUGGGCAUCCGGGCAAGAGUGUCUGACUGGCCGCAGAAGAAAGAUGGCAACCACAAUCCACCUCCCAGAUACGAUAGCCUAAUGACAACCUUUCAGAAUGGAAUGCCAAGCCAGCCGGCAGAGGAUGUUGUCAAACCAAGCCCGGGUUCUCCUCCAAAGACCAGCUUUUUAGAAGCAAAAUAUGGAAUUGGAGAAGUUAUAGGCCAAUCAUCUGGUAAAGUGCACCAUCCUCUUCAGAAAAGGAGCAACAGUGAUGUCACUAUUAGUGAUGUAGGGGCGGAGGACAUGGAUCAGAUGGCGAUCAACCCCAACACAGGUGCCUCUCUACACCGCGAGUACGGCAGCACAUCCUCCAUCAAUCACCAGGGCUUGCCCAGCGAAGGGUUAUUUAUCAAUCUGAAAGAACACUCUGAGCAACCGAGCGCACCACCGCCACAAAGCUUUCCAGACUUCCGCCGGUUCGAGACCGCUAUUUCCCCCAGUCUCCAGACCGCAGCGCAGAUCGCGAGGGGGGACAUUGUCUGCAUUCCAAACUACACCGACUACGUGGACAGUUCUGUCUUUUAUAGUCGGGAAAGGGAGAAGUCUUUCCUUCAGCGGCAAAAGACAGAGAAGAGCGAGACCUCUAUCUUCCGCAGGUUGAAGACCAUGAAGAGUGAGCAGCGGCAGUUAGGAGAACACGACGAUUGUAGCAGACAUGGACGUCAGUUGAGUUUCCAGAGAUGUUUUGCCCAUUAUGACGUGCAGAGCGUGCUCUUUAACAUCAGCGAGGCUGUUACUAACCGCGCCAAUCUCGCACGCCGGAAGAAUAUAACCACGGGAGCUUCCGCGGCAUCCCAGCACCAGGCCGGUGGGUCGGUGGACAGUUCUGACCCUUUGCCUCUUUGCGAGUCCCCUUUGGACACUUGUGAGGAACUUGGACAAAAAACAGGCAGUGAUCCUGAUGAAGGAGAUGGGAAGGGCAACGGUUUGGUUCUCAGCUGCCCGUAUUUUCGUAACGAGAUUGGCAGUGAGGGAGAGAGGAAAUUGGGCUCUGCUAAAUCCAACAACGUUUCUUGCAACGCAGGUGAAACUUAUUCCAUUGAGUCUACUUUGAGUUCUCACUGCACGAACGCAGGGGUUUCUGUUUUGGAAUUGCAUAGAGAAAAUUACGCAUCUCGUGAGAACUACGCUGUUCCACGAGAUUGCUUGAAACGCUACAUCAUUGAACACAUUGACAUGGGCGCAUACUACUACCACAAGUUCUUCUUCAGUAAAGAGCACCAGAACUACUUUGGUCUUGAUGAGAACUUGGGCCCGGUGGCAGUUAGCAUCCGGAGAGAGAGACUGGAGGAUGGGAAGGAUGGACCACAGUAUGAUUAUAGAGUCAUUUUCAGGACCAGCGAGCUCACCACCUUAAGAGGGUCGAUCCUGGAGGACGCCGUCCCCUCCACGGCAAAGCACGGGAUGUCCCGCAGUCUCCCUCUGAAAGAGGUGCUGGAGUAUGUUGUUCCUGAGCUGAACAUUCAAUGCCUCAGACUGGCCACCAGCUCACCCAAAGUCCCAGAACAGUUGCUGAAACUGGAUCAGCAGGGGCUAAACUACCAGCACAAGGUGGGCAUCUUGUACUGCCAGGCAGGCCAGAGCACAGAGGAAGAGAUGUACAACAAUGAGAGUGGUAGUCCCGCACUGGACGAGUUUCUCGAACUGCUGGGUCAGAAGGUCCGUCUGAAGGGCUUUACAAAGUUCAGGGCACAGCUGGACAACAAAACGGACUCCACUGGCACACACUCUCUCUACACCACCUAUAAAGACUUUGAGCUGAUGUUUCAUGUCUCUACAAUGCUGCCCCAUACACCCAACAACAGACAACAACUACUGAGGAAGAGGCACAUUGGGAAUGACAUUGUCACCAUCAUUUUCCAAGAACCAGGAGCUCUUCCCUUCACACCCCAAAACAUACGGUCUCACUUUCAGCACGUCUUCAUCAUAGUCAAAGUCCACAACCCUUGUACCGAACAUGUGUGCUACAGUAUUGCAGUUGCCAGAUCCAAAGAUGUGCCUGCGUUUGGUCCUUCCAUCCCCAAAGGCGUGAUGUUCCCCAAGUCUGCUGUGUUCCGGGACUUCCUGUUGGCUAAGGUUAUUAAUGGCGAAAACGCGGCGCACAAAUCCGAGAAGUUCCGCGUCAUGGCAACCCGUACCCGCCACGAAUACCUCAAAGACCUGGCGGAGAACUAUAGCAGUGCCACGCCGGUGGAUACCUCAGGAGCAAAGUUCAGCUUCAUCACCCUCGGCGCCAAAAGGAAGGAACGUAGCCGGCCGAGGCUCAACGCUCAUCUGCACAGCGCGGGGGCCAUCACGUGGUCGGUGGUUGCAUGGGACAACAGCCAGUCUACAGAUAUCGGUUGUUUGCUGGCUGUCUCUCGAGAGUUUGUGGCGCUCAUCGAGGAGGCUUCCAAGGAAGUGGUUUUUAACUGUUAUUGCAGGGACGUGAUUGGCUGGAGCUCCUCCUGCCUGGCGGGCAGGGUGAAGCUCUUUUACGAGCGCGGCGAAUGCGUGGUGUUUUCCGUGCAGGACGGAUGCCCGGAGGAGGUGCGAGAGGUCACGCAGCGAUUAGAGAUGGUCACGAGGGGCUGUGAGGCAGGGGAGAUGACCCUGCGCAGAAACGCCCUGGGACAGCUGGGUUUCCACGUGAACUUUGAGGGCGUGGUGGCUGAUGUGGAGCCUUUUGGGUUCGCCUGGCAGGCGGGACUUCGCCCCGGUUGCCGUUUAGUCGAAAUCUGCAAAGUGCCCGUUGGGACGCUGAAUCACGAACAGAUGAUCGAGCUUUUGCGAACCUCCAUCCCGGUCACGGUGGUCGUCUUGCAUCCGCACGAGGACGGCACCCCCAGGAGAGGCGCUUCAGAGAUGUAUCGCGUCCCCAUUAUGGAGUACAAGACGCUUGGUACUGGGCCCGGUUGGCAUCGGAUGACUCACGUUCCCCAGGCGCUGCCGCUUUCUCGUGUUUCUCCCACUCAGGGUCCAGAUCGACCCUCCCCGAGCCAACAGAUGUUCCAGUAUGCCCAGGCUGCCAUCUCACGCAGCACCUCGUUCGAUAAGAAGUACCAGGAUGGCUCUAGGGUGUUGCAGGACUUCGAGAUAGUUCAGAGUCCGUCUGGAAAUCCCGGCCAGCAUUACUGCAGCUCCCCCAGUAACCAGUCGACCUCCAGCGACCCGGGGCCCUGCGGCACAUGGGCACAGAAAGCCAGUUAUGAUGGAUUGCAGUCACCUGCUCCUCAAGACCAGCCAGAAGAAAAGGAAGACCGCGACCACAAGCUGGAGAGAACGCGAUCUGCCGGGUCGCCUUGUGUUCCAGAGGCCAAAUGGCACAUCCCCUCCACCAAGAUCUUGAACAGAGGUCUGCAGAGACAGGGUGCGAAAGACUCGCCCGGUAAAUUCCCUCGAAGCCGUGAGAAGAGCUGCCACAGUCAUUGCUCCAGUCACUCCAGUAACACUCUCUCCAGCAACGCUUCUAGCGGCAGCGACGAGAAACAUUUCGGCUCCGGAGACCCGAUGGAUCCGGAGUCCCUUGGCCUCACCUACAUAAAGGGGGCGUCCACGGACAGUGGGAUAGAUACAGCGCCCUGCAUGCCUCCUCCAGCUCCUCCCCUGCCCCUGACUGGGGUGGGACCAUCACGUAUGGUCAUGAGGGACGGGAGAGUUGAUACGGGACUCCCGUGGACUCUGGAGUACCCUGAGGAAGGAGAGGAGGACGAGGGAAGGGCAAAGAUGUUUCUGUCUCAGGGGUACGUCCCUGCUACGCCUACAGGACACACCACUGAUGGGAGCAUGGGAGAUCUGAGCGAGAUAUCAUCGCUUUCAAGUGGUUCCCGUCAUUCUGGAAGCCCCUCUGAGCGCUGUUCGAAGAACUCCGGAUCCAUUGACCCCUCAAAGAUCUACAUUAUCUCUCCCACCGACACAACUCAAGGGGGUGGCCGGGAAAAACAAUCCCAUAGCUGUCAAUCACAAGGUGGGAAGUAUUUGACGGGGUGGAAGAAAGGAGAAAGCGAACAUUUCCUUGAGGAAGAGGGGCCAGCCAGAGAAUUCAGGGGUCUCUAUUUGACAGAACAGUCUCAGGUGGUUAAUAGUUCUGGCGAGAAGCUCCAGACGCUUUCCAAGGAGAGUUUCCUCAGGAUGCUGCUACCUGACAGUCCCUUGGCGCAGGCGGGUCACGGCAAGAUACAGAUUGUCGCACAGUCUCCUCGCCGCUCCCUAUACCGGACCCUGUCUGACGAGAGCUUGUGCAGCAGCCACCGGAGAGCGUUGUCAUUGGCCAGCUCCCGCAGCUCCAUGCUGGACCAAGCUAUGCCCAACGACAUCCUGUUCACCAGUACCCUGCCCUACCACAGCACCCUGCCCCCUCGCAUGAGCCUGAACCUCGCAGCCGGUCAGCUCAAAAAUGAUCUCUGGUUCUCUGACGGUACGCUGGCGGACAAGGCCAAGCUGGUGGACGCGGGGCUGAUGCCCCUCCCUGACCCCACUUCUGGUCUCAACUGGUCACAUCUUCUGGAUGCUGCACGGGCGUUUGAAGAUCAGACGGCGACGUCCCUGAGUUCUCUAACUGAGGAAGAGCAAGCCAAACAAGUUCUAGAGCUCUCCGAGGAGCUCAACCGAAGAGUAGCGUGUGUCGCGGGCGCAGGAGAUGGUUCUCCCGCUCUUCUUACUGGAAAGGUGAACCAGCUGGAGCUCAUUCUUAGACAGCUUCAGUAUGACCUACGGAAGGAGCAACAAGACAAGGCUAUGCUCCAAGAGCAAGUUCAGCAUCUCCGACAGGACAACCUCCGACUGCACGAAGAGAGCCAGACGGCGGCGGCUCAACUGAGACGAUUUACAGAACUCUUCCUGAACACUUUAGACAAGAAACCUUGAGUUGAUGUAGUUCACAAUUUCCCCUCUCCUGCUUAGCAACUGCGUAACCCAAGGAUACUCAGUCCAGCAAGACGACAGAGAAACACUUUCAGCCUUUGAAUGUGAACGUGUGCCGAGCUAACACGCUAAAAGCUAAGUCACAUGGUUAGUUGGCGGCAGGACGUGAGAAUGUGAAGGAGAGUAAGAAAUUAAAACGUAUUUAAGAUGUGAUGUAAGGGGAGGAAGGGGGUUGUUUUCAGUCGAUGGGUACGAACACGUGAAAGUGAAUGUAAUGCAAUAAGCCGUGAUUGCUUUCUAAAUUAUUUAGUUCCUUGGGUUUAACAUCUUCAAGCUAGCGUCGUUACUCAAGAUCAAUCCUGGCUUUGUGGCUGUCCACCUCCCUUUGUCGAAAUCUAAACCAGCCAGGUGCGACUUACCUUAGUGUCCUAAGUGUACUGUAUAUCUGUUAAUUGAGUUUUGUAAGUAAUCCAUUGAUACAAAUUGUCGUAGCAAUAAUUUUGCUUAUGAUGUGAUCACAGAAUUGUUCGAUAAGAUUAGCACUGAGUGUGAUCGGUUGUAUUCAAACUUUUAUGUACAAAAACUUUCGUGUGCCUGAUGUUAUUGGUGGUAAAUGAAUUGUCAUUCAGUUCUUUUCAUUUGUCCAUAUUACUGUCCGAGUACUCGCUUACGAAAUCCAUGCCUGGCACUCUGAACCACUAGACUGCUGGCGUUUUUAUCCUAGUAUGAAAGACCACAUUCAUGGACCAGAAUCCGCAGACUAGCACCUGUAAACCACUUCAAAAUAAGCCAAAUUAUGCUUGUCGGUGUAAAGUACCUCAGAAAAGUGUCUUGUACUUAAGCCCUCUUAUUUAAGCUUGUUUAUCCUAAGAUUGUUAUUUUAAUGAGAGUAUUUUCCUUUUCUGCACUAAAAAAAGAGUAAUGGCUCCAUGUGGCAGUACUUUGUAUACUUGUUUACCAUGUCGGCAGUACUGUGUAUAGCUUGGCUAAGAGAUAACUGUAAACAUAAAAUGGUCGAUUUCUGGGACGUUCAGAUAUUCGGAUGCUGCUAGAGGACGGGAUGUUGUUUUUUUAAUGGCCUUUUAAAGAUGUUUUUAUUUCUUUGUAAAUCUGUAUCGUUGAGGUUGGGAUGAAAAGCUUACCUUUGUAAAUAAAGUUUAGGAUGUCAAUA